AGACAGCGCGCGGUUGCGUAGCGACACUCCGGCAGUGCUGCAGUCAGUGAGAAGGAGCUGAGGAAGUUUAACACCGAAGAUGAAGCUGAUCCUCCGAGCGCUGGCUUUCCUCCUGCUGUCCUGCGGAAUGGAGGCGAAGCAGAAAGACUUUUACACGUUUAAGGUGGUGAACAGCAGGGGGAGAUUAGUUUCUCUGGAGAAGUACCGCGGCUCGGUCUCCUUGGUAGUGAACGUAGCGAGUGAGUGUGGCUUCACUGAGGAGCACUACACGGACCUGCAGCAGCUGCAGCGGGAUUUUGGACCGUACCACUUCAACGUGCUGGCGUUUCCGUGUAACCAGUUUGGACAGCAGGAACCCGGCAGCGACAAAGAGAUCGACAGCUUCGUGAGACGCGUUUACGGAGUCUCGUUCCCGCUGUUUAGUAAAAUCGCUGUGGUGGGGACCGGCGCUAACAACGCCUUUAAAUACCUUGCAGAGGUGACCAGGAAGGAGCCUGACUGGAAUUUCUGGAAGUACCUGGUAGAUGUUGAUGGUAAAGUUGUCGAGGCAUGGGGUCCUAAAGUCUCUGUGAAGGAAAUCCGGCCAAAGAUCUCAGAGAUGGUUCGCAAACUCAUCAUCAAACGCAAGGAGGAGCUAUAGAGACCACCCUCACCCCCCCCAAACACACACACACACAUUAGUUUCUUCAUUGGAAUGUAAAAUGUGAUACUUUAUCAGCACUACUAUGAAAACCACUCACUUGUAAACACACACACACACACACACACACACACACACAUAAGCCGCUGUCACACAGAAGAACAUCAAGCGUCCAUUAGGUGGACUGUGGAUACGACACAACACACAGUGUUGAAUUUUUGUAGCGUUGUUGCUACGCUAGCUUUUCCUGACUGCAGCAAACACUUUUCAGGAAGUAGGAGGAGUUUAUUAUGCAAAUCUCUGGGUGUUUGAGACAAUCUAAAACAGGUUAUAUGGGUGAGAAGUAGGGGGAGGGGUCAGUUGUUAAAGGACAGUUCGGUUUGGCUGAUUAGCCAAGACACAUUUGAGUUAGUUUAGCAGUGAAGCUAUUAUGCUAAUGUUGCUAGACUUGCUAAAGUAUUACGAUAGAAAGAAAAAAACGAACAAACAAAUAAACAUUGUCUGGUCAAAAGCUGAGUCAAGCUGAGCAAGGGCACUUUCCAUGGUGCAGUUUGGAAAUUAUUAAAUUAAAAUUUUAAAAAGGUGCAAAUGUCAAAUUACAUUUAGGUCACAUUUUUAGGGUUGCAGAGUUUUUACUUUUAUCUAUUAAAAUUGUCAAAUGUUUGCACACACCAGUUUAAAAAAGAAUUAGUUUUUUUUUUUUAAUAAAAUGAUUGAAUUUUUUAGACAAAUUAAUAAAUAAAAAUACAGAAAUGAAAUAAGUCUGUGUCUG